AGGAGCUUACAGUUAUGGGCAGCAACUCUCCAGCCUUUCGAGUUGUGGCUUGUUUACUGAACAUCUCCGAAGCGCGAAAUAAAGGAAUAGUAGAAUCAGUUGCUAAUGCAGCUCUUAACUUUCCCUCCAAAUCAAAAAGCUUUAAGUGUUCUUCAACAGUUCUGAACAUCUUCUCAGACUACGAUUACAACAGAUCAGUUAUAACCAUCGCUGCUCCGGUGGAAAACAUAGAAGAGAGCGUGUUCCGUGCUUGCCAGGUGGCUUACAAAGAGAUAAACCUGGGAAAACACAAAGGAGGUCAUCCCCGGCUUGGAUCUGUAGACCUUAUCCCUAUCCAUACCAUAACCACAAGUGUGUCUCUUGCAGAAUGCGGAGAGAUAGCCCUAAACCUUGGGAAACGGAUUGUUGGCAAUAUAAAGGAGACCUCUGUUUUUUUAUUCGGUCAUGCGGAUCAGCCUUUAGUCAGAGGACUGGUUGAGAGGCGGAAAGCUGUUAACUGGUAUCAAGGAGCAUACGAUAUGGAUUUCAGUAGGGUAGGGUGGGAUCUUGGCUCCCCUCCCUCGCAGAGGUAUGGUUGUACUGGAGUUGGUGCUAUUCCGUACAUCACCAAUUGCAAUGUCACUAUAGACUGUCAGGACUUGCAGCUAGGAAAAGAGAUUGCCAAGGCUAUCCGUGCAACAACUCCUGGAGGUUUGGCUGGUGUGCAAUCAAUGGCAUUUGAACAUGAAGGAAGAGUUGAAAUUGCCUGUAAUGUUGAAGCUUCAAAGGUAUGCAUUUAAAGGGGGGGGGGCAGGUAAGAUCAAGAAAGCUCUAACUUAGUGUGACAGGUAUCAAAUGAAAUGCAGGUCUAUACAGAUUAUAUAAAUUUAACUUUCUUCUCCCUCAUUUCUUUGCCUUUGGCUGGCACCUGGUGUUGAACCUAUACUCUUUGAUUUAAGUUUGGGACCCCCCAAAAAAAUAACUUUAUGUAUCCCCCCCCCUCUCCCGUUAUGCUUUUCUAUGGGUGUAGCACUUUGAAUGUGUAUUAGCACUGUAAUUGGAGGGGGGGGAGGGGAGGGGAGGGGGAUAUUCAUUGUUACUUCUCAUUCACUGAAGGUUAUCCUCCAGCAUUUCAUCAGCUUCACUGACAGUUUGCUAGCACUCACUUAAACUCCUGGGUGGAGAGAGACACUGUGAGAAUCAAGCGUCCUGCUUUAGAACACAGAACAACGGCCAGACCAGGGCUUGAACCACUACCUACCUUUCUGAAAACACUAUGCACACCACAAGCUUAGAAGGCUACAUAUAUGAUCAAGUCCACCAUUUACUUGCAGGAACUUUCAAGUGAAGGAAAUUUUCAAUACACACAUCCUGAAGAGAUUGAAAAUAGAGUGAAAGAAAUAGCUGCAAAGAAAAAUGUCAAGUUAUAUGGGACAAAGCUUGUGGGAUUUACCCCAGAUGAAGCCUACAGAAGAGCAGUUAAUGCUCUUUGCAAAGACAAUGCCACUGCUUGGAAAUGUUGUACUGAAUACAGAAUGUGAGGUUUAUUUGUGAAAACCUUUGUUCUUCAGCAGAGUAUUUCAAGAGAAAGGUGUACAUAGUUGUUGUCCCUUUGUUGUGGCUGAAAAGAGUCAAGAAAUAACAUUCACAUUUGAUUAGAGAUUAGAAAUGAGAAUGGAAAUAUGAUAUCAAGGAUGGUGAUUGUGUAAAUGGAAUUCCUGUCAACUCUCACACACUCUGCAGGAUUCUUACACCUGCAGGUUGAAAACUCCCAUCUCAUCACCUGAACAUCUUCAAAAAUAUCAGGAACAUCUUUGGAAAUUUCUUGAUUAUUUUAGAUAUGAUAAAAUCCCCUAUAAAAUGCUGUCGGUCUAAAUUGAAGAUAAAAAUCUCAAACAGCAUUGAUUUCUUGAUGGAGAA